UUCAUGAAAACAACUUUCCUUGUUGUUGAAAAGUGAAAAACCCAUAAAAAGAAAAAAAAAAAAAAGGAAAUCAAAAAAUGGGGUUAAGAGACAUCGGAGCCACACUGCCUCCUGGGUUUAGAUUUUACCCAAGUGAUGAAGAGCUAAUCUGCCAUUAUCUGUACAACAAAAUUGCUAACCAAAAUGUUUCUAAGGCCACUCUUGUCGAAGUCGACCUUCACACCUGCGAGCCAUGGCAACUUCCCGAGGUGGCAAAGCUGAAUUCGAGCGAGUGGUACUUCUUCAGCUUCCGUGAUCGGAAAUAUGCGACGGGUUUCCGUACCAACAGAGCCACCACUUCCGGCUACUGGAAAGCCACCGGCAAAGAUCGGACGGUGAUUGAUCCCACAACUCGAGCAAUCGUAGGGAUGAGAAAAACUUUAGUGUUUUACAAGAAUAGAGCCCCAAAUGGCAUCAAAACUGGCUGGAUCAUGCAUGAAUUUCGCCUGGAAAAUCCUCAUAUUCCCCCCAAGGAAGAUUGGGUACUAUGCAGAGUGUUCCACAAAUCCAAAACUGAGACCAACAACGAAAACAACAUCACGUACGACGACAUCGCAAGUGGCAACUUGGAGGUUUGUUUGCCGUCCACCGCCGCCUACCGUCCGGUGGCGGCGGCGUACUCUCACUCCCACAGUCCACCCAACCAAACCCAAACCUCAACCACUGCUAACUUCUUCACCGGCGCGCCGGCAGAUCAACGGGGAUUUCCCCAAUCCUCGCGCCACAACACCAACGUUGCUCCCUCGUCUAACGAUUACGAGUUCUUGUUCGACGACAUGAAUUUCGAGGAUCAUCCAAGCAUGCAAGACGGGGGAGUUCAUUCCAGCAUUGAGGAUAUGCGGUUUGAUGAUGAAAAUGGGUUGGCUUUCAUUUGAUCCCAUUAUUAUUUAUUUAGGUCAUUAUGCAGAAAACUAAAAGGGGGAAAAAAAUAGUUGAAUUAAUUAUUUACUAAAUUGUGAUAUAUCAAUCGUGUUGUGUAGUGUUUGGAAAUUGUGUUUGAUUGCUUUUUUUUUUUUCUCUUCAGUGGUAGGGUUAUGUUUCUUCAAUGGUAGGGUUAUGUUAUUCAAAUUAAAUGGUAGGAAUAUUGUGUGUACAUAAUUAUUUCUAUUUUUAUUUAGUCUGGAUUUGGUGUAAACUGGCAGUCAUAAUGGUAUUCUUUCCUCUA